GUUUGAAUUUAGGGCACAAUGGCUGUACUGAAGCUGCAUCAUCCCAUUCAAGGGCAAGUUUUGUUCAUUCUGAUGCUAGGUUUUCAUGCCGGGGACUUUGCCAAGAAAGAUCACGACAGGAGGAACCUCCUUUAUGGAGAGAGGGGUGCUGAUCGAGACCACUGUUCCUUCACAGUGAUGAUUCCUAAGGCAGAUACACAGAAGUGCUCCAGCCCAGCUUACAUCACACGUGAGAUUCGAGAACUUCGUGCCGCGAACAACAACCUAACGUCCUUCUUCUCCGCUCUCCACGACCAGACCGUCAGACAGCGAGCGACGCUGGGAGCCAUGGAGAGGCGCUACAAGGAGGACUACUCUGAGGACAUCAAACGCCUGGAACAGGAAAACAGAUUCCAGAGUGCCCUUAUCAAGCGGCUUGAAGUUCUCAUUGAUAGAAAAACCAAGUCGAUACCAACAAGGGGUCUGGAGGAGCGCCGUCCGAGUACUUCCCUCAACCUGGAAAAGCUGUCCGACCUAGAUGCCGACCUUGUCCGCAAACGCUUGGACGAGCAGGCCCACAUGAUGGACAUUCUGGAGCAGCUGACCAAGCGGCUGGACGGGGAAAACAGAGACCAGGACGUGAUGGGGGCCAAGCUGGACACCAGGGUGACCGAGCUGUCCGAAACGGUGGCAUACCUGUCCACGGCCUUCAAGACGUUGGAGAAGGAGUACCGUCGACAGAUCACUCAGCUGCAAGACAUCGUGGUGGGGCAGGAGGCAGGCUUCGCCAAACACAAGGUGGAGUCACUGCAGAGACAGCUGCUGGUCAUGCAGAAAACAAACUCUCACCUGCAGCACGCACUGGUCAACCAGUCACGUACCAUCCGCAAUCUGCGCCUCAAGGUCAACACCUUGUUCCGCCAGCAAGACGGACUCUUGUUGGCUGAUGGUGAGAGCACUGUUACCAAACUUCUGAGUAAUACUGCAGAACAGUUGCCAAAAGUCUAACAUUGUACAUCUUGCUUUGCUUAAUUGCACAACAAUUGUAAGCAGGUACAAUGCAUGGCAUCUACUUCUAUAUUAACAAAUAUACUAAGUUA